GGCGUUAGGAUUGAACACGUGACAGGAAAGCGUUAUUGCGUCAAAAGAACAUAAAAGCCAAUCAUGUUCCGAUAUGCAAAUACAGGGCAUUACAGGAGGGUAUAGGAAACCUGUUCACGGUAGCAACGUAGAAAACUGAAGUUGACAGAAUGACGGACUGCAUGUGUCGGGGAUGUUAUGCAGGCUCUGGGGCAUCACUGCAUUAUAUUCCAAAGGAUCCGGAGAUACGGCAGAAGUGGAUCGAUUUCAUUUACAAAAACCGCACGGUGCCUCAAUUAAAAAAUCUGGAUCGUAUAAGGAUCUGCAGCGCUCAUUUCACAGAGGAAUGUUUCACUAAUUAUCGGCAGAAAAUGAUGGGCUUCGGCAAAAGGCUCAUUCUUAAACCUAACGCUGUCCCCACCAUAGCCGUACAUCUAGAGUUCCCAGCACCGAGCAGGACUCGACAGGAGAAACCGGAAGAAACCAUACCAGAAGCACGCCUGUGCCCCUUGUGUCAAAGCCAUCAAAAGGACAACGAUGCUCUCUCUUUGCACCUGACUAAAAAACACAGCGUGCAUCCAGCGUGUCUCACUAACUUACUCAUCACUGCACCUUACACAAAUCGUUCCAGCAGCAGAGUCGGAGAAUCCACUGCACAAAAUAUCAGAGAUGGUACAUCCCAGCAGAACUCCUCAGAAAGCACCACAUCCCCUUUAAUGGCAGUUCAACAGGAUGGUUCUUCCCCGGAAAAUGAUGCGUGCGAUGAACCAGGGGUAGGGAACAGCAGAAGCAGCUAUGGUGACACAGAAGUCUCUGUCAAAGACGAGGAAAGCAACGCUGGCGCUGAUGGCCCCCCUUUCAAGUGUCACGCCUGUCUGGAAUACUUUACUGAUAAGUCAGCAUUGCACGUACAUUUCAAUUCAGCCACUCAUAUGCAAAAGAUGAGAACAGGAGCAGGGAACGACAGCAAUUCCUCAAGCCCUGUCCCUGCUUACCCUUAUGUCUCUACCAAACCGUACCAGUGUGAUGUGUGCCAGGUCUCUUACUUUUACUCCUUCGGUUUGGAGAGCCAUCUGAAGUCCGUGUUGCACCAGAGUCGUACCAAGAAGGCUGGAAAUACCGCAACCAAUUCCAAAACAAAUACCGAAACCAGAAUCGUCGUGGCAAACCUGGCAGGCGCCACAGUGGCUAACGCCACACCGUUAGCUAGUGCUAAGACCGGUCAUUGUGUGACGCAAGCGGAAAAGGUCCCGCUGCAGCCCGCUUCGUCGUUGAUUUCCGCUCCAGUGGUGUCGGCCCAAGCAAUGUCUACUGUUCUCCCUCUCUUAACAUUAGCUCCGAACUCUGUUCCACACGCCAUCGUCAACUCGGUCUUUCCUCCACUAGGGACUUCAACUACUCAGCUAAUACCCCAGCCUCAAGUGCUAAUGCCUUUUAUUGUGAAUGGGCUCCAAACUCAAAGUCCAACCCCAGACGGCCCUCAACAAAUUUUGCAGCAAGCUGUGCCAGUCCUUGGUCUCUGCUCAGCGCAGCAUGCUCAAGGACUCGGCUCAAGUGAUUCCCAAAGUCAGUCGGCAGCUACAGGAGUCUCCAGUGCAUCUCCGAUACGUUUAGAAACGAACACGACUGUUGAUGGAGAAGGAGUGAAGGUGAAAAUUGAAAUCAAAGAGGAGCCUUGUGACCAAGAGGUAUCACAGAUGACACCCUGUACAGCAGAUGUGAUCAGUCAGGUGGGUUUAAAACAGGAGGAUAACAGAGUGUGGGAUGGAAUGGAGGACAGCAUAGUGUGUCGUGACGAGCAGCAGAGCAAAGCCAAAGGGGUGAGUGUAGGGGAAAAUUCCAAAAGGCGACGUUCUGAUGCAAAUAAAGCCUCGGCAACUCAGGACCUUCAGAGUUCACAUGAUGGCAAAUCCAGUCCUGCAAAAUGCAACCCCUCACCUGCUGAUCUUGUCAAAAUUACCAAGACUCGUCCAAGCUUCUCCUCAGGACCUCCGGUACUAAGCGAGUUUCAAUCUCAGGUUCUGUGGGCCUUCUUCGAGUCACGAAAUGAGGCUGAUUCAGAAAUUCCUCCAAGAGAAGACUGUGAAGCCCUCGGCAGGGAAGUAGGACUAACCGAGGACGAGGUACGAGAAUGGCUAGUGGACACCCACCACACCAAAAACAGGCAUCAUACAGAUGUACAGUCUCGCUAUGAGAGUCAAGGAAGCACCGAGGAUGACGAAGACGCUCUGACGAUCGACGAAAGUGGAGGAAUGGUUCUCCGCUCCAAUACGGACUUCCUUUCAGACGAAGAGAACGCAGAUGACGAACCGACCGCGGUGAAUAAGAAGAGAAAGAGGGGCACGGAUAAGCAGGAUUCGCUGGAGGAAUCGGGAAGGGCAGAAGGUCGAUUGCGUCCUUCGUUUAGAACAAGCUGAUCCACCAGUCAACCCUCAAGGUUCUUCAGUCCCUCCUUGUCGGAGUCCGUGUUCCUGUCAGAGACCAAGCCAAAGCAGCGGCCUUUAUAAUCCACCAAUUACCGCCUCAGGGUCAAAAUUCGUUUCUAAUGUAGUUCUACAUCUUAAAACCUUGCCGUGGUCGUAUAAUUAAUUACGCACUUGGUCCUGUCCUGUUUUGGGAGCUAAUCGAUGAACACUCACUACAGAUUCUCACUUUUUAUUAACUUACAGCUAUUUUGGUUUCAUUAUGAUUAAUAUGUACAGUAUACAUGUUAAACCAUGUAUAAAUGUUUAAUAUUGAAAUGAUGCUUUAUAUGGUGUGAAGAUUAAACAAAUUUUGAUAUUUGUACUACACAA